AGCAUGAAUGAGAACAAACUCGAAAAACUAAGUACUAAACAUGUAUUAGAAGUAACAAAGGUAUAAACAUUUCCACAAGUGAAGAGAGUAUACUACGAAUUGAGUAGUUGAAUGGCUCAACAUAUUAUAACAGAAGUUGGGGUUCCUGGAAAGAAAGAAAGAGAAAGGCGACAUUUUCAAGAGGAAAAAGGCAAAACAAAGAUUAAACCAAGUGGGCGUGUUUAUAUUCAUCCCGGUUACGGAACUCAGCCAGAUUGGAAACCACAUGGAAAGUCUAUAAAAGUCAAGUAUUCCAGCAAUGGACCAGACUGGGAAUCGAGAAUUAGCUAUAUACCACAUCCAUCAGACCCGGAGGCUAAACAUCCACAAUGCCUUCCAAUAGGACAAAGGUCAUUCCCAGACAUGACAAGACAAACAUAUGGAGAGUGGACCUACUAUCCUGACAACACAAUAGGGAAGAAGUGUUUCUUUACAGGCAGCAGUGGAGAAAUUCAGCAUAUAAACAACUUAACAUCGGCCAAUGAAAUAACUCAUUCAAUGUUAUAUGGUAAAAGGCGGAAAUACAAUUCAAUAUGGCAGAAAAGGGAAUUUCCAUAUGCAUCCCCUGGGGAUAAAAACUACCAGGUAGUUGAGUACUCUCCUAACUUUCACAAGAGGGGAUCAUGCAGGCCUAUUGUCAACUUUGGUGGGCCACCUACCAAGAAGCCAGACACAUUCGUUCCUCUUCAAAAAUUGCCAGAAAUCACAAGAGAGCCUUAUGUUGUGAAGGAAAGACAACGCAGACUUCAAGAUGACGUGGCCAUGGUCCAUGACCUAAGUUCGUGGAAGCCUGCCGCGCCUUUAGUAUCUCCUGAUGACGUUCGGUACCUGAACACAUUAUAUUAGCAUUUAGAUAUAAUUUUUUUACCAUCCCAUGGCUGCUGCUAGUAUUUAUGUACAGUAUAUAACAUUAUAUACAUGACCUUUGUAAAUAUGGUGCUCAUGCAAUAAUAGAAAUUUAAGUAAAUUCCUUUUGACUUUUGUAUAUGUGUAAAUAAUAAACAUAAUACACAUAAUAUUUGUAUUCCAUAAUUUUUAUUAUCAGUAAAAACUAUUAUGUUGUUUCUAAUUGUUAAAAUAUAAAAAUGCAAGUGAAAAUGUUUUUUUUUUUUUAUUAAAACCAGACUUAAGACCUGGUCCAUACAUAUUUUGUUCAUUGCUAUUAAUACAUGUCUUCCAAAUAGGUGCAGGAGUUUAAUAAUAUGCAUAGGACUGACUAUACACAUCGUUGCUAUACUAGUCUUCCUUAAAAAUAAUAUAGGAUAUGAUGUUACGUGUUGGUCAAAUGGUGGUCACAUGACCAACUGACGCACUUAAAUUAACUGCAAAACCUCUGAUUCAAUGUUAUAUACUUUGCUUAAUUUUGGGGUAGUGUUGCAAUCAGACUAUGGUUAACUAAUACGGUAGAGUACUGGGUCAAACGUUAAUCACCGACCAACACGUCGCAUGUCGAAAAUUCACGCCAAUUAACGGUACAAAUUAUCAAUUGUUGACAUUUUUAUUUAUAAACUCUAAAGUAAUUACAUAAUGUGGUUGUUAUUCAGUGGUGGAUCCAGAAAUGUAAAAUCGAGGGGGCCCACAGAGGGACUUCUUUCAUAGAUGAUGAUCUAGACCACAUCAUCCCAAACAUGAUUGGGAUGGAAGUAAAAAUAAAAAAAUAAGAUUAUAGCACCUCUAGAUGCCUGUCAAUGGCACCCUCAAACUUAAAUUUGAAUAAUCUUCAUAUUUUAUUCAUUUUGUUUUUAAUAAGUGUAUUUUAAGAGUGUUGGGGGGGGGGUGGGGUCCCCCUGAAUUCACCACAGAAAUUCUUACUUUUGCCUGAGCAUUGCAGCUUUUAUAUCAUCUUUUAAAAAAAAAACCUAGUCAUCACAUUAUUUUAUCAUUGCUAUUCAUCAGCAAAUUUGUUUAAAAGUUCCCUUUUCUCUAUAACUUGGUAAUCCAAUAGCCCCACUGGGUUUGAUAUUAGAGUGAGUGGAACAAGCUGGGUUACUAUAGUAAUGUAUCAUAAAUAAAGUAUAAAGGGUAUUAAAUAGAAUCUUCUUGGUACUCAUCCGACAAUUUGAGUAGUUGCGUUCCAGGCUAUUAAACUUAAAUUCUGCAGAAACAUCAGCAAGCGAAGUGAACUUUUUUUUACAAUAUGGUUUUCUUUUUGAGAUUUGACAGUUUACGUCAUUCAAUGGUGGUGCUCUUGUACAACAUUAAUGUAAUAAUUAAUCAAUCACUGCAAGAGUAAUCAAAAUAGCAGGGUUUCCAAAAUAUGAUUUUGGUAUAGAGAUGUAUUAUUUUGUACAUGUUAUCAAAUGUUUAUUUUUUUCAUAUUAAUAAUGCAAUAAAUUAUAAUGCUAUGUA